AUGAGGAGCAAGGAUCGCUUAGCGGAACUUCAGCGAGUAGCGGGAUGGGGCGAGACGGAGGUACUGCUGGAACCAUCACCACCCGACCCUGACGUGGAGGCCAUGUUUCAGGAAGUAGACAAAAUGAGGAAUUGGAUCCACGAGUUGAACGGCAACACGCAGCUGGUGCGCCGCCUGCAUGUAGACCCAACGUUUCACACAAACAAACAGCUGCAAGACCAACUAGACUCCUUGGUGACGCAGUCGCAUGCGACGGCGAUGAAGGUGUGCGGUGCGCUGCGGCAGUUCGAGACGCGCGCACGCGUGCACCGCGGGGACGUGCGCACGCGCAUGGCGCGCCUGCAGUACGCCGCCACGCGACGCCUCUACUCCGACGCUCUCAACGCCCACCACAGCGCGCUCAACGCGCUCAGGGACAACCGCCUCCAUCUGCUGCACGAGCAAAUCAAACUCACAAAUCUGACGAUUUCUGACGAGGAAUGCCAAAGUCUUCUCGACUCGAAGAAUAUUUCACUAUUUGUCGAUAACUUAAAAGCAGAGACGGCAGAAGCGAGACGAGCUUUGCGAGAAGUGGAGGCGAGACACGAGGAGCUGGCACGUCUUGAGGCCUCGCUUCAGGAAGUGAGAGACCUAUUCCAGCAGCUCGCACAUCUCGUCACGCUACAGCAAGAGCAAAUAGACAGCGUGGAAUACUUCGCGCUGCAGGCGACCGAGCAUGUGGAGUUGGGAGGACAGCAGCUGCUCAGCGGGAAAGUGAGCCACAAACGAGCCAACCAGAAAAAGUAUGGAUUGGUUAUUUGCCUCGUAUCCGGAUUCAUAAUAGUGUUAUUGGUGCUAAUUGUGACGUAG